AUGAACCAAAAUUCCAAAAAGCCAACAACGACAAAUACACCAUCAAAGGGAAAUCGUCCAUCGAUGCAACAUGGACAUCAACAUCACCAACAGACAUCGAUGAUUCACCAGCAGCAGAUGCAGCCGGGGUCAGUAGUGUACCAGCAGCAACAGCAACCGUUGUAUUCUACGCCACAGUACCAUCAACAGCCAGGGUGCAUCGUACUACCAUCGUCUACACCGAUGCCCCACCACCACCAACCGCAUCAAACUUACAUGCCCCAACAACCGGGACAGCUGGUAAAUGUAGCAACUGCUGAAACUCCCAUGUACGUUGGCGGUACGGUCAUGGGUCACCAAACAGCUCAACAAGCCUCACCGGCCGGCUUUUCGACUUCGGCCCAACAGCAAACACCACCACCGGUGAGAUAUCUGCAAACCGUGCAACAACACCCAUCAAUGUCGCCGCAGCAGGUACAACGGCCCAACUACCAACCAACGACCGUGACGGACUUUGUGGCUGGCAGCAGUGCUGGUCCUGCUGUUGGCUUUUCCGGUGCACAUCAACCGUACAAGCAGCAGCCACACCACCAACACCAAGCACAGCCGAUGCAAUCCUAUCAAGAAGCGCCGACUCCUUCGUACCCGGUGCACGUGCAGUCAUCCCUACAUCCGGAAGGACCGACGACGACGGAAGCUCAGUAUUUCUUCGACGCUAACUGCACCAUGCCGGUAGUACAGCAGCAAAACCCGGCGACGUUAACCGGAUGCAGAAAUCCAAGCUGUACAAGCUGUAAAUCCUUUAAGCGCAACUAG